GUGCGGGCGGCCACCCCUGCGGGUGAGGCAGCUGCGGGGACGAAUAUAGAGUCCUGUUCCAUUUGAGCUACUAUAACAGAGCACCGGAGACCGGGCAGCCUGUAAAACAGCAAAUGUCAUUUCUCACAGUGUGGAGGCCAGACAUCUGAGCCCUACACGCUUCUCCGAUACCGUCUCCCUCAGACGUGCCACGGCCCAGAUGAUGGCGGCGGCCCGGCUCCUGCCGCCACCAGCGGUGCCUCAGGCCAAGGUGACCUUCGAGGACGUGGCUGUGUUCCUCUCCCAGGAUGAGUGGGACCGUCUGGGCCCCGCCCAGCGUGGCCUCUACCGACACGUGAUGAUGGAGACCUAUGGGAAUGUGGUCUCCGUGGGAAUUCCAGGAUCCAAGCCCGAGGUGAUCUCCCAGCUGGAGCGAGGAGAGGAGCCGUGGGUCCUGGACAAGCAGGGCAACGAGCAGCUCAGGGGCUGGGGCAUCAGCCGCUCAGGCUCUCGGAUCGGACCUGGCCCUUCUCCAGCCACACUGUCAGGAUGUGAGCCCAAGGAUCAGGACCAGAACGCAGACUCCAGCCUGAGGCCGCUCACUUCAGAGGAGAUAUCAAUGAUUCUGAGGAAAACGCCUGCCGAGUGGAGUGAUCCGGGAAGUUACGAACCUGAGCAGAGUUUCCGUCUGAGUCCCAGCCCUGCCGGCCCCCCUGAAGGCCAGGCUGUGAGCCCCAGCGCGCCGGUCGCCCAGCGCCCGGCCGUUCCUGGCGGGGAGAGGCCCUACCGGUGCGUGGAGUGCGGGAAGUGCUUUGGCCGGAGCUCCCACCUGCUGCAGCACCAGAGGACACAUACUGGGGAGAGGCCCUAUGUGUGCGGUGUGUGUGGCAAGGCCUUCAGCCAGAGCUCGGUGCUCAGCAAGCACAAGAGGAUCCACACGGGCGAGAAGCCCUACGCGUGCCACGAGUGUGGAAAGGCCUUUCGAGUGAGUUCGGAUCUCGCUCAGCAUCACAAGAUACACACAGGGGAGAAGCCACACGAGUGUCUCGAGUGCCGCAAGGCCUUCACGCAGCUCUCGCACCUCCUGCAGCACCAGCGCAUCCACACUGGCGAGCGGCCGUACGUGUGCGGUGUGUGCGGCAAGGCCUUCAACCACAGCACUGUGCUGCGCAGCCACCGGCGGGUGCACACGGGGGAGAAGCCGCACGAGUGUGCAGAGUGUGGUCGCGCCUUCAGCGUGAAGAGGACCCUGCUCCAGCACCAGCGGGUGCACACCGGGGAGAAGCCCUACGCCUGCGGCCAGUGUGGCCGCGCGUUCAGUGACCGCUCCGUCCUCAUCCAGCAUCACAGCGUGCACACUGGCGAGAAGCCGUACGAGUGUGGCGAGUGUGGCAAAGCCUUCCGGCACCGCUCCACCCUCCUGAACCAUGAGCGCAUCCACACGGAGGAGAAGCCGUAUGGCUGCUACGCCUGCGGCAAGGCCUUCGUGCAGCACUCCCACUUGACCCAGCACCAGCGGGUCCACACCGGGGAGAAGCCCUACGUGUGCAGCGAGUGCGGCCAUGCCUUCAGCGCCCGCAGGUCCCUGGUCCAGCACCAGCGGGUCCACACCGGCGAGCGGCCCUUCCGCUGCGCACAGUGUGGCAAGGCCUUUAGCUUGAAGGCCACGCUGAUUGUGCACCUGAGGACCCACACGGGCGAGAGGCCGUACGAGUGCAGCCGCUGCGGCAAGGCCUUCAGCCAGUACUCGGUGCUCGUGCAGCACCAGCGCAUCCACACGGGCGAGAGGCCGUACGAGUGUGCGGAGUGCGGCCGCGCCUUCAACCAGCACGGCCACCUCAUCCAGCACCAGAAGGUGCACAGGAAGCUGUGACCUUGCCUGUACGUGAAGCCACACUUGGGAGCUCGGGCUCCCAGCCCUGGGAAGCCUCCAGUCUGGGCGAAGCCCCUGCCAGUGACACCCAGUGUCACCGAGGAACUCACGGGCAACACCGAAGCGUCUCUGUAAGAACUUCAGAGGACACCUCAUUUGCUUCUCUCACCGUCUUAAAGUUACGUCGCAGAGUAGUCUCACAAUGUAGUGAGUUUUGGUAAAGACAGCUACUAUUCUUUAUUAACGUUAGUUAGAAAUGAGAAACUAAAGGAAGUUUCAGCAUAAGGACCACUGUCCCAGCAAAACUUCCUCACGCUCCAAAUAAAGGUUUUUUUUCUUAGAAUAUUAUAUGCCUUUCCUAAAUACAAUGGUUGUUCUGAUUAUUGCACUUAAAAUUGGGAUGUUGGACUAUAUUUUCAGUAUUCUGUUAAACAGUAAAGUACUGUGUAGAUAAAAUGGUAUUAAAAAUAUAGUUACCAAGUGUCAUCAUGUAAUAUGGCUGAAAAUCCUAACUGUGUGAAACUACUUGUUUUCUAUGAAAAUGAUCUAAAGAUUAAUUAG